AUGGAGCACCCGCACGGCGUGCAGCCCGCGCUGGGGCUGUUUGAGGGCGGCGCCGACGAGGCGCGCAGCGUGCGCACCGCGGGCCUGGGCUCCCUGUCGGCGCUGCCGGACGAGUGCAUCAUGAACAUACUGGACAGCCUGGCAGCCGCUGACCUGGCACGCCUGGCCACCGUCUCCCGCUUCCUCUACGUCUUCUGCCAGCACGACGAGCUGUGGAAGGCGCUGUGCCUGGAGGAGCUGGAGGGGCGGUGGGACUUCCAGGGAAGCUGGCAGGAGAGCUACCUGGCGGGGGCAGUGCCCGGCUACCGGCGCGACAGCCGCAAGCCGCGGCGCGUGGCGGGGGUGCAGUCGGACCUGCUCUACACGCCCUGGCUCUGCGCCAGCCUGGCGGUCGACCCCGCCUGGCUGGAGAUGGACAACGUUGACCGCCGGUCAAACCUGAGCCCGGCGGAGUUCCGGGAGCAGUAUGAGGUGCCCAACCGCCCCGUCAUCCUCACAGACGUGGUCACGCGGUGGCCUGCUAUGAGAAAGUGGAGCCGGCGGUACCUGCGGCAGGCGUUUGAGGGGGGGCAGGUGCUGGUGGGCGACCAGCCCAUCUCAUUCGACGCCUACUGCAAGUACGCAGACGCCAACCGGGACGAGCUGCCCCUGUACCUGUUUGACAAGACCUUCUGCGCCACGGCGCCGCAGCUGGCAGGCGACUACAGCGUGCCGCCGCUGUUUGGAGAGGACCUCUGGCACAAGGACCCCAACUCCACCUCAGCCUGGAAUGGCGUGGUGCGCGGCAGCAAGAAGUGGGUGCUCUACCCGCCACACAUCACGCCGCCGGGCGUGCGGCCCAGCGCGGACGGCGCUGACGUGGCGUCCCCCGUCUCUCUCAUGGAGUGGUUCAUGUCGUUCUACGAGCACAAAGAAAGCGUGGGCUGCACGCCCGCCGAGUGCACGCUGCGCGCGGGAGAGAUGCUGUUUGUGCCGCGCGGCUGGUGGCACGUGGCGCUGAACCUGGAGGAGUCGGUGGCUGUGACCCAGAACUUUGUGAGCGCCGUCACGCUGCCGCACGUGCUGGCCUUCCUGCGCUCGCGCAGCCCCGCGCUGGUGUCGGGGUGCGCCAAGGAGUCGCGGGCCGGCCUGUACGACCGCUUUGUGGCGGCGCUGCGCGAGCGGCGGCCGGAGCUGCUGGAGGCGGCAGAGGCGGCGCAGGCGGCGGCGCAGCGGCGGGCAGAGGAGCAGCACAAGCUGGCGGGGCUGUUCAAGGAGCAGGCGGCGGCGCCCUGCAACGGCGCGGCCGACGGGCAGGCAGCAAACGGCGCGGCGCCCGGCGGCGGCGGCGGCGGCGGCUUCACGUUUGGGUUCAGUUUUUCAUGA